GAGUGGUCUGUAUUGGUUUUACGUGUCGAGGUGCAAGCCAUUACUAAAUAUGGGUGGCCUGUAGCUUUCAUUAAAUACGUCGCCGUCGCCAGGCAUGUAUAAUUAGCCACCAUUAAAUACGUCGCCGUCGCCAGGUAUAGAUUAUACCUAGAUACCUCCCACCAAUUACGGUUAGUUUUCUGAUCUGUUUCUUUCUGUAAUCUCGUAACAAGUAUUCUUUCCGGGCUUUCUCUUGGGUCGAUCAUCAUCUAGUCACUGAUUCAAAGUUGUAUCGGCUUGUAAUUUUCUGUUUCGGUGCAAGAAGCUUGUAUGUUUUAUUAAUAUGCACUAGCUAGUCAAUCAUUAUGAUUAAAGUUACAGUGAGAGAGUCAUCUGUAGUCAAACCGGCAAAAGAAACACCAAAAGUGUGUUUAUGGACGUCGAAUUUCGACCAGCUAUUCGUUGUACACGCACAAACAGUAUACUUUUACAGGCGUCCAACAUUAACUGGAGGUUCUUCUUCUUCUUCUGACGAUUUCUUUGACUCUACUGUACUAAAGGAUGGUUUAAGCAAAGCUCUCGUUUAUUAUUACCCAAUUGCUGGGAGGUUGAAGAGAAAUGAGUCAGGCAGAGCUGAAAUCAAUUGUACUGGUGAAGGUGCAACUUUUAUAGAGGCAGAAACAGAUUCGUGCAUCGAGGAUCUCGGCGAUUUCACUCCUGAUGAACGACUUAUGCCUCUCUUACCUAAACCUGAUUAUGGCGACGGUGAUAUUUCCUCAUGUCCACCCUUUCUGGUUAAGAUAACGCGUUUCAAGUGCGGUGGUGUUUGUGUAAGUACAGCACUAAGCCAUAUAUUAGUCGAUGGAGUCUCCGGAAUCAACUUCAUUAAUACCUGGUCAGAUCUAUGUCGAGGAGUAGAUGAUAUUAAAGCUGUCCCGUUGUUGGAUCGAACAAUAUUACGAGCGCGUGAUCCACCAGUAGUUUCUUUUCCGCAUGUAGAAUAUAAACUACCUUCCAUGAACAUACCUUCUACUUCUCCGUUAUCAAACCCCAAAAUUGCAAUUUCCAAGCUCAAUAUCUCAACCAUGCAGACCAAUCAACUCAAAUCCAAAUGCAACAACAACGAGUUCAAGUUUAGUACAUACGAAGUCAUUGCAGGACACAUAUGGCGUUGUUCAUGUAAAGCACGCGAACUUAAAGACGAUCAAGAAACAACGAUAUCAAUGCCAUUAGAUUGUCGUUCGCGUUCAAGUCCUCCUCUUCCUGAUGGUUAUUUCGGGAAUGCCAUAUUUGAUUUAACAGCAAAAGCAAUUGCAGGUGAUAUUGUCUCAAAACCAUUAAGUUACGCUGUUAAUUUAAUUCACGAGACAUUAAUUUCGUAUGGAAGCAAUGAGUAUUUUAGGUCAGCCAUUGAUUUUCUGGAAUUAAACCCAAGUAUCUGUACCGUUAUCAAAGGUAAGGGCUGCAAUUUUAGGUUCACAAGCUGGGUUAGACUGGCAAUAUAUGAAGCUGAUUUUGGUUGGGGACAACCACAUUAUAUGGGUCCGGGUGCGAAUGGUGCUGGUCGAUCUUUUCUGAUUCCAAACCCACCACGAGGCGACGGUGGCUUAUCUUUAAUUAUUACUUUGGAUACUGAAUAUCACAUGGAUCUUUUUACAGAGUCAUUUUAUGAUAUUUGAUUUCAUCAAAUUGUGAUAAGAAAAAGAAAAGUGUAUUUAAUUAUUGUUUGUUUGUGAUGAUUUAAGUUGUCGUGUUUACUGAAGGCGAUUUUCCGUAAGGUCUGGUUAAUGUGUCAAAGAGUUAAUUAAGGUCGUACGGGUAUUUGAUUCCCUAGGUGACAUAUUUCAGCCAUCUUAUGGUGCACCUUUGUAAUUUUUAGUCCCGUAGUUGUAAGAAAUUUUACAACUAUACUCCACUAUAACUGAUUCAAUUUCUAGGUGAUCAUUAUGAA